GUGUAUCGCGUUGUCUGGACACAGCUGACCGCCGUCUGCUAGGAGAAAUAAACCAGGCUAGGCUAGCGGGACAGACAGUUGGCAGUUCAGAGAGAGGGGGUACGGUCGGCGUAGAGACAAGUAGGACCGCGGAGACAGGACCGGAGCGAGUCCUUCUACCGGCAAUGUAGACGCGGAGUGUCGCAGCCAGCUAACGUUAGUGUUGCCCCGACAGACGGGGACCGAUCCCGAUGGCAAAACCGAAGCGACGAUAGAGAAACGGCGACAUCAACAGGAAAGCGUUAGCUUAGUUUCAAUGUUAUUGUUAAUUAAAAGCCACAUAUGGUCACAAUGUCCUGCUCUGGCAACCUGGUUUGGGAUGUAAAUAAACGCUUAAUUGGAUACAGCGAGCCAAACACCAUCAGGACCAACUAUUUAGGCAGAAGAGAAUUUGUCCAGAGGCUUAAACUUGAAACGACACUGAAUGUACAUGAUGGCUGUGUCAACACUAUAUCCUGGAAUGACACAGGGGAAUACAUCCUCUCGGGGUCAGACGAUACCUUUUUGGUUAUCACGAACCCGUACAACAAGAAGGUCAAGAAGUCCAUACGUUCAGGUCAUCGGGCAAAUAUCUUCAGUGCGAAGUUCAUGCCCCACACCAAUGACCAGGAGAUCAUCUCCUGCUCCGGAGAUGGCAUCAUCUACUACACCAACACUGAGAAGAGUCCUGAGUACAACAGACAGUGUCAGUUCACCUGCCAUUAUGGAACAGCUUAUGAGAUUAUGACGGUACCAAAUGACCCCUACACGUUUCUGUCAUGUGGGGAGGACGGCACGGUGCGGUGGUUUGAUCUUCGCACGAAGACGAGCUGCACUAAAGAAGACUGCAAGGAUGACAUCCUGAUAAAUUGUCGAAGAGCAGCAACCUCUAUAUCCAUUUCUCCGCUGGUGCCGUAUUAUCUGGCCGUGGGCUGCUCUGACAGCUCAGUGCGAAUCUACGACAGACGCAUGCUGGGCACCAGAGCGACAGGUAACUACAUGGGCCGGGGGACGACGGGCAUGUGCGUUCGUUUUGUCCCCGCUCACCUGUCCAACAAGUCGUGCAGGGUGACGUCUCUCUGCUACAGCGAGGACGGUCAGGAGGUGCUGGUCAGCUACUCCUCCGAUUACAUCUACCUGUUCGAUCCCAAAGAUGACCAGGCCCGAGAGCUAAAGGGCCCGUCUGAGGAGAGGAGGGAGGAGCUGAGGCAGCCUCCAGUGAAGCGCCUCCGUCUACGAGGUGACUGGUCUGACACUGGACCCCGAGCUCGCCCUGAAAGUGAGAGAGAGAGAGACGGGGAACAGAGCCCAAAUGUCUCUCUGAUGCAGCGGAUGUCAGACAUGUUGUCUCGUUGGUUCGAGGAGGCCAGCGAGGCUCAGAGCAGCAGAGGAACCCGACCACAGACACGACCCAGAGGAACAGCCGUCCGUCCAGAGGGUGCGUCAAGUACUCCAGCUGCCCCUGCAAGAGACUCCAGUCAGGAGUCCAGUGCCCCUGAGAGGCCUGUGGGGACAGACACUCCAGAGGUACCUGUCGGUCUUGCCGCCGCCGCCAGCCCCACGCCUAAAUCCGCUUCCUCUUCCUCCUCAGGGUCAUCAUCAACAGUCACCGCCCCUCCUCCUUCUAGCUCUUCAUCGGUAGAGAGUUCGGCCCCUUCCUCCUCCCCCCUGAGCUCCACCCCUGACUCAGAACAGAGGAGUCAGGCCGACACGACUGCAAGCUCCACGCCGACUGCCACGCACACCACCGAACCAGCACUCUCAGAGUACGGUCCUCACCGGCUGCCCAUAAGUUUAGUGUGUAGGCGUUUGCAGAGGUUACUUCGGCUGGCCGACCCCCCGGGACAGGGUCAGCGAGCGGCCCGUUCUUCUUCCUCCGCAGCCCCUGAGAGACAGUCACAAAGAGCUGCUACCUCUGCUGCUGCUGCUGAGACGCAACCCCGUACAGAUUCCCCCUCGUCUGUGGUAAACAAACAGCUGGGAUCCAUGACUCUUGAUGAACAGCAGGGAGCAGAAGCUGCAGGUUCACUUCCUGAUGAAUCUGUAUCUGCACCAGCCACCAGCAGUGCUCCCACCUCCACCACCUUGACCGGCACCAGUCGACCCAGUGCAGCGGAGCCGGUCCUCAGCCUACACUACAGCUCAGAGGGAACCACCACCAGCACCAUCAAGCUGGACUUCACUGAUGAGUGGAGCAGCACAUCCAGCUCUAUGGGCGGCGGAGCUCCCAAAACAUCUGAGGCCGUGGCCGCACAGAGCAGAGUGAGUCUGUCGACGGAGAGCUCAGUUUCGGAGCAAGCCCCCUCUGAGUCCCCUAGGCAGCAGAGUUUGCUUGGGGCCUCGGCAGAGCCCCCGUGUAAUGCCUCCUGCUCCUCCGGUGCUCUCGGCAGCUCGUCAGCUCCAGCCCUGGCAGAGGGCUCCUCUCCGGGGGACAGCAUGGCGUCCUCAACGCUGGAGAGGAGUCAGGCGGAGGGUACGGAGGACACAUCAGGAGGUUGCAGAAGAGCGGAGCCCACAGUGGAGGGCCCUCUCCACUGUGGGAGAGGGCCACAGUUGAGAGGACCUCUCCCGGCAGAGUGGGAGGGCCAGAGCCAGCCUGCACGGGGCAACCAGGACUCUGAUGACAGCGAUGACGACCCGAUCCUCAUCCCAUCAGCAAGGGUCAGAGGACAGGGACAGAGAUUUAAUACCAGAGGAUCUGCAGUAGGAGAUAGGAUGAUCAGACGCUCAGCAGCAGCUCGUAUCCAGGAGCUGUUUCGCAGAAGGAAAGAAAGAAGGGAGAUGGAGGAGAGCGAGACCCAGAAUAUCAGGAGACCCUCGGUCAAAAUGGUCUACAAGGGCCACCGCAACUCCAGGACAAUGAUCAAGGAGUCGUGUUUCUGGGGCAACAACUUUGUGAUGAGCGGCUCAGACUGCGGCCACAUCUUCAUCUGGGACAGACACACCGCAGAGCACCUCAUGCUGCUCGAAGCCGACAACCACGUGGUCAACUGCCUGCAGCCACACCCCUACGACCCCAUUCUGGCUUCUUCAGGGAUCGACUAUGAUAUCAAGAUUUGGUCGCCGCUGGAAGAGUCGCCAUCUUUCAACAGAGUCCUUGCUGAUGAGGUAAUAACUCGGAAUGAGCUGAUGCUAGAGGAAACGAGAAACACAAUCACAGUUCCAGCCUCUUUCAUGCUCCGAAUGUUGGCCUCCCUUAAUCACAUCAGAUCAGAUCGACUAGAAGGCGAUCGCUCUGAAGGUUCGGGCCAGGAAAAUGAUGACGAGCAGUAGCCCCCUGGCAUUUUAUGCUAAAGAAAACACUCUUUCUUCUUGCUGUAUAGCACUUGGAAAAAACCUGAGAUUUGUACAAGUACAGUGUAGAAUACUUCCUUUUGAAAAUUAGUAUAAUUUCUAGCCCCCAUGUGUUUUUUAAGAUAACUUUCUUACUGAUGUUUCUGUAUGAGUAUAAACUACAUCUGUGUGAAUGCAAAAGGACGUCAGUAUGCGUGUGUAUAUAUAUACAUACAUAUAUAUAAUAUAUAUAUAUGUAUGUAUACAUAUAUAUAUAUAUAUUUAUAUAUAUAAAGUGUGAGAAUAAUGUCAGCUGGCGUGCAAGGAUGUUAAGUGCAAUAUUAUUUUGUUAGGAGAGAGUGAGCUUCGAUCAGUGUUAACGUGUGACAUUUUGAAUUUGUAGCACAAAGCUAAGAAAUGUUGAUGUGCUGCUCCGGCAGUAACGCAUGUGAACGAGGACUUUAAGUAAAACAAACUUGGAGAUUGCUUUAAUUUUGUUGUUGAAGAGAAAAAAAGAAACAGAGCUGAGGUUCUUCCCCUCAAAGGGUCACGUCACUAAAUUAUAAUCUUUUACAGUAUUUGGAAAAAAUAAAAAUAAAGCUAAAUGGCAUCUCCAAGAUGUCUGCACCUGUCUGGAAGAUAAAAGCUAAUGCUGACUGUUCAGUGCUCAAACAGAUACAUUUAAAUUAUUUCAAGAAAAAAAACAACAGUCUCUACUUUGCACACCGAUUGCUUACAGGGUUAACUGCAGGUAUUCAGAGAUACCAAAGCAUUUGAAAACACAGUAUACAACAAAACUGAGUACAGCCCUGGUCAUUAUCACUCACGUUAAUUAAUCAAAAAUCCUCAACAUUUAUUCCAGUUGUAUUUGUUUUUAGUCAAAGCCCAGGAAGAAUGAGGUCAAUUAAUUUGAAAACAGAAAUGAUCGACCAAUUGAGUUAUGACAGGCCAGGGAUGACACCAGUCUUGCACAAAUCUGUUGAGAGAUGUUCUGCAGUUCUUCACAAGUGAUUCUUUUCAGCAGCUCUUUGCCGGAGGGUUUUGUUGCUCUACCUUCCGCUUUAAGAAUACUCCAAGGGUUUUCUGUUGGAUUCAAGUCAGGGGACAUACUUGUCCAGGUAAUAGUGUGUUUUGGAUCUUUGUCAUGUUGGGAAAUUCCUCUCCUGCCAAGCUUCUUGAGACUGGUAGUCAUCUCUUCAUUCAGUAUCUGGGUACAGAAACCUGCAUUCAUAGUGCCAUCUCACCCACACCUGUUGUGCUCAUGCAGCCCCACAUCAGCACACUCCCGACUCCCAUGUUUCCGGGUCGGCACUGUGCGGUCAGUGUGGCGGUCCUGGCCAAGUCCCCGCCAAACACGCCGGACCCCAUCUGAUCCAAACGAACCUAUUUUUGUUUUCAUCUGACCAAAGGAUGUGCUGAUAAUAUUCAUUAGACUUUAUUUCAUGUUCUUUGGCAAAGUUUAAUCUUGCAGUUCUUUCUUGCACGCUGUCCAUAGAGGUUGGCUUCACGCAAUGUCCUUGUCACCGUCUGAAGCACUUACCUGUCUGUUUUUUUUCAAUGAAAGGUUGUGCAAACAGCAACUUGUGCCACUGUUGCAGCUGUGUUUCAUGUUGUGUUCAGUAGCCCGCUGAUGCUCUUAUACUCUGUGCCAUCUUUGUGAAGUCUCACAAUCUGGUUUCUCACUUGUUCAGGCAGCUCCUCACCGUUUGGAGCCAUGUUGCAUUAGACACGACCCACGUUAAAACCGAGAAAACUGUGGCGUUCACAGGUUCCUUUUAUAAACUUGUUCAUGCAAUUAAUCUUAAUUAGUCUUGGCUACAUCACAGGUUUACUAACUUUUGUUGCUUUGUGGUGUUACUUUGGGGCCCGUAGUUGAUUUUCUAUCUAAUCCGUUUGUUUUUAAUUAUACAUCCAAUCAAAUACCCUACACUUCAGCUUAAAGACCCUAAGAUUAUUGUACGAUAGCACAGUUUUGAGUCAUCUAAGUCUUUAGUGAUAUUGCACAGGGGUGUACUCAGUUUUGUUGUAUACCUACAUCGAUAAAGACAAAUAUAAGAGACAGAAGCAGUUAAGUUUGCUUCAUCUUCGUGCUUCAUGCUUCGUCAUUUUCACAACUUUUUUUUGUUCUUGUGCAACAGAUGUAAUUUUUUUUCCCAUCCAGAUGGUUAGGCAACUCUUUUAGGACUCUGGAAAUUAACUGAAUUAGAAUUGUACUCCUAUAAAAUCGAUGGACUAGCCUAAAGCAGAGAUGAGAAGCAGGCCACAGAGGUCUGGUAAGCUCAUUUCUAACACCACACCUCCUGAUAUUCUUUUUUUAUUUUUAAACGUUAAGUCUUCGCCUUAAUUUGUCAGAAUUUUGACAAGGGGAGAAGUUCAGCACAAGCAAAAACAGCCAACACAUGUAAACAGACUUUGAUGGGUAAAAUCAGUGGAGUUCCAUCUUUUAAAACAGCAGUAACUCUUGUUGAACAAACUUCAUUUUUUUUUUUUUUCUCCAACGAUUGCUCUGUAUUUAUUUUUCAGAAAAUCGGAUGCUUAGCUCUAUGACUUGCAUGUAAUGGUGACACAUGGGAGGCGCACACUGGGGCUAGACAGAUACUAAGUGAAACAGCAAGAACCCCAUUUUUGUGUGCAGGAUUACGUGGCUGUCAUUUUGGUAGCUGUUCGUAAAGACGCUAACGUUGCUUUCUGCAGUGUUCAUCAAACUGAAUUUAAGACUUUUUAAGACUCUUCACAGUACCACAUAGAAUUCAAUAAAAAAAAACAAAAACCUUUUUGAUGGUCAUACCGGUCAAAGAAUGAUGGAAAAUAAUAAGGCCUACAAUUAUUUAUUAAAUACAUUAAUCUUUGACAUUUGUAUCACAUUUUGUCUGUACUUCCCAGCUGUAUAUAAAAAAUAAUUCCCAGUAAUAUAAUUAACAUUACCUGCACCAUGUUAGUGCCAGAAAAUUGGAUGGAUUAAGCAAUUAAAAAAAAUAAUUUAUCUAUGUUUAAAAUACUUUCCCAUUGAGUCCUACCUUCUGCUAGUCGUAACAACAGUGUUUGUGCUGACUGAAGUUCAAGAACAAAGGAUUAAACAAAUUAAACUUGAAUUUUAUAGGAGGUACAAGAUCUUCCGAUUGCCCACAACCACACACAAACAAUUAUAACUAAUGUUACUCUUCACAACAGGCCAGAAAAAAAUAUUCAAGAUCUUUGAAAAUUAAUUCUAAGACGUUUUAUUAACUUCUAAGGCCUUUUGAGGCAACUGAAUUCAGUGCUUUAAGAUUUGUCAGGACCUGCAGACACCCUGUUAACCUUCUCAAAUCACAGCAGCACAUAAAACGGACAAGUUUAUGUAAAAAAAAAAAAAAAAAAAA